GUGACACUAGACAGGAGCGCGCCAUAACCCGGGAGAGUCACGUGGGCCGCGCUACACUACCAUCAACCACCUUAUUGUCGCCUCUACCCUGGAUAUCACCUAAGACAUGGAUUCCAGGAAGAUAAUAGAUAUACUAAGGGGUACUAUAGACCCAAAUUUGAGGCAGCAGGCGGAGGAGGAACUGACACAGAUGAAAAAGAUCAUUGGGUUUACACCAGCCCUUCUUCAAGUAGUAAUGAUGGGAGAAUUGGACAUGCCUGUACGUCAAGCAGGUGUAAUCUAUUUAAAGAACAUGGUUUCACAAUAUUGGAAAGAUGCAGAGUAUGAAGGUGGUGAACCCAUACCGUUUCAUAUACAUGAACAAGAUCGUGCCAUGAUACGGGAUGCCAUAGUAGAUGCAGUGGUUCAUGCCCCAGACUUAGUAAGAGUGCAGCUAGCAGUAUGUACAUAUCAGAUGGUGAAACAUGACUUCCCAGGCAGAUGGACGACUAUUGUUGACAAGAUCAGUAUAUACCUUCAGAACCCAGACACAAGUUUAUGGAAUGGCGGUCUUCUCUGUCUUUAUCAACUUGUUAAAAAUUUCGAAUACAAAAAGAAGGAAGAUCGAGGUCCACUUCAUGAGGCAAUGAGACUGCUGCUACCGAUGUGCUAUGAACGGAUGGUGCACCUUCUGCCAGAUCCAUCUGAGCAUUCCACACUAUUACAAAAACUUAUUCUCAAGAUAUUUUAUGCUUUUACACAGUACCACCUACCUCUCGAGUUAUUGAGUCGUGAACAAUUUACGGAAUGGAUGGAAGUUAUACGACAAGUGGCAGAUCGUCCUGUACCUGACCAGACUCUGCAGGUAGACGAGGAAGAGAGGCCAGAUUUACCAUGGUGGAAAAUUAAGAAAUGGGCACUUCAUAUCCUUGCUAGAAUAUUUGAAAGAUAUGGUUGUCCCAGUACAGUGGUUAAAGAGUACAAACAGUUUGCAGAUUGGUUUAUUAAAACUUUUACACAAGGCAUCCUCCAAGUGCUGAUGAAGAUCCUCGACUUAUAUCGUAAUAAGAUUUAUAUUUCACCUCGGGUCCUGCAACAAACUCUUAAUUACUUGGAACAAGGAGUGGGCCAGUCUAUAGCAUGGAAGUUGCUCAAGCCUCAUAUGUUACCAGUAAUUCAAGACGUCCUCUUCCCCCUUAUGUGUUAUUCAGACUCGGAUCAAGAACUUUGGAAUUCAGACCCAUAUGAAUACGUUCGAGUCAAAUUUGAUAUUUAUGAGGACCUGGUGUCACCAGUGACAGCAGCCCAGGCACUUCUUUUGUCGACAGUACGCAAACGGAAGGAAAUGUUAGAGAAGACAAUGGUGUUCCUGAUGCAAGUGUUAACUGCACCUAAUGUUGACCCACGGCACAAGGAUGGCGUCAUGCACAUGAUUGGCACAAUGGGAGGUGUGCUGCUCAAGAAGAAGAUCUAUAAAGAUCAGAUGGAAACCAUGAUUGCCCAAUAUGUCUUCCCAGAGUUUCAGAGUCCAUAUGGCUUCAUGAGGGCACGUGCUUGUUGGAUUCUACAAAACUUUGAUGAGAUUAAGUUUAAAUCGGACCAGAACAUCGUGGCAGCGAUGAAUUGUAUACAAAAUGCCUUACUGAAUGACCAUGAUCUACCAGUGAAGGUAGAGGCAGCCAUGGCACUCUCUGCAUUCCUGGCUUCACAGAACAAGGCUGAGAAGAUUGUGGAACCUAAUAUUCGACCAAUUGUUCAAGAACUACUGAAGGUCAUAAAAGAAACCGAGAAUGAUGAUCUAACCAAUGUGAUGUGCAAGAUUGUCACCACGUACACUGAUCAAUUGACUCCAAUUGCUGUAGAAAUGUGUACCCAGUUGGCAGCAACCUUCCAACAGGUGGUUGAUGCUGAAGAUGGAGCAGAUGAGAAGGCCAUAACUGCAAUGGGUUUGCUGAGCACAAUUGAAACUUUGAUUAACUGUAUGGAGGAGAAUCCCAAGAUCAUGGAACAAAUAGAGCCCAUCACACUACAGGUUGUUGGCCUUAUACUCACCAAAAAUGUAAUGGAGUUUUAUGAAGAGGCACUUGCACUCAUCUACAGUCUCACGAGCACACGGAUAUCUCCUGACCUUUGGCAGUGCUUUGAGAUGAUGUAUCAGAUGUUCCGGAAUGAUGGCUUUGACUACUUCACGGAGAUGAUGCCGGCCCUGCAUAAUUAUAUAACAGUUGACCCAGAGGCAUUCUUAAGUAAUGAGGCUCAUCUUGUUGCUGUGUAUGAAAUGUGCAAGACCAUAUUAACACAGGAUUGUUCAGAAGAUGAUGAGUGUCAUGCUGCCAAGCUGCUCGAAGUGGUGGUUUUACAGUGCCAGGGACGCAUCAACCAGUGCCUGGGAUCUAUCAUUCAGCUGGUAGUAGAGAGGCUGCUGCGAGAGGUCAAAACUACAGAGUUGCGCACAAUGUUGUUACAGGUGGUGAUAGCGACGUUGUAUACUGCACCAGACCCCCUGUUGCAGGUGCUCGAGUCUACAACUUUACCCAACACAACGACAACUCUUACAUCACACUUCAUUAAGCAGUGGAUUCAUGACACCGACUGCUUCCUUGGACUUCAUGACCGAAAAAUCUGUGUCUUGGGGAUGUGCACGUUACUACAGCUUGGUCCAGAACGCUUAGGGGUGCUACAAGAAUGCCACAAGGAAAUUCUACCAGCGAUGCUCUUACUUUUCCAGGGUUUGAAAAGAGCCUAUGCAGCAAAAGCUAGUGAAGAGGAUGAUGACGAUGAUGAUGACGAUGACGAUGAUGGAGACCUUGAACAUGAGGUACUGGAGAGUGACGAGGACGAAUUAGAUGAUGUUGGUGACGAGUACUUGGAGAAGCUGGAGGAGAAAGUGAACAGAGCAUCAGCUGCUGCACCUUUCACCGUCAAUGCUUGUAUACAGGAUGACGAUGAUGACGAUGAUGACGAAGAAGGACUGGAUGAAGAGAUGGAUGAGACAGCAUUGGAGUCAUUCACAACUCCUUUGGACAAGGAUGAGUGUGAAGUAGAUGAAUACUGGGUGUUCAAGGAAGUCAUGCAGAAUUUACAGACCAGUGCUCCAGUGUGGUACCAAGCACUAACAGGAGGUCUAAGCGGAGAUCAACUUAAAACUAUGCAGGAGGUGGCUACCUUGGCAGACCAAAGGCAUGCUGCUGCUCAGAGCAAAAAGAUUCAGCAGAGUGGAGGUUACAACUUCCAACAGACAGCAGUUCCUGCGAGCUUCAACUUUGGUGGAUCUUUUGGUUCUUAAUCCAAGUGCACAGAGUAGCUUGUGACUGUUUAUAUAUGUUUAUCCUUUAUUUUAUUUUAUUAUUUUUCCUUCUUUAUUUUCUCCAAGAGCCUUAGACAUAUGUUGUAGGCAUGAUUGAAGAGUCAGCUAAUGUUUGGGCAGUACGUCAUGGUAUAUCCCUCUAUUCAGUGGUGUUUCUCCACACCUCAUCAACUGGAGGCCUCUGAGCAGGUGUUCAUGAAUAGUCUAAAACUUACUGUUAGUCUUACAAAACUUAUCUAAGUGUGCACAUAUUUUCUUGAUACUGACAGUAGCCUCUCAUGAAUCCUUUCCUCAUUCCCCAUCAAAUAGCUCUUUAAAGAAUUGGUACCAUAAACCACCUAAAUGUUUGCUUCUCUUUUUUCAUUUUAGUAUUAUUGUCUAUUAUAACUACAAUUUUAUUCUUUAAUCACCUGCAGGAAUGUGGUCUGGGUACACUGCCUCGGUUGUCUAAGGUUUAUGAAUACAAUGUUAUUUAUUCUUCACGAUGUACACACGGGAUCAUUUAAGUUGUUUUUGAGGAAUAACUUUAAUUUGUUGUUUUCAUUUGUCUAUGCAACAACCCAGAGCAUCCUCUGGUAUUUUUGGCCCCUUUGGCUUUGUUGUCCAUAUCUGCUGUCCCCCAACUGGAGCACAGGAAUGAUCUAUGUACAAAAGAGCAGCCCCGCCUCUGGAGCAGACCACCUUCUGUUGUUGGUGUUCGGCUGGCUGAGUCACACCACCCAACUCGGCCUUGGGCUAUUGGUGUUUGGCUGGUAUUGCUCAGCUUUGAAGAUAGAGACCUCUGAAAAAUACAGUUUGUUCUGUAGGUCGGUGUGAGAUGAGGUGGUCCGGGCUGCU